AUGCCCAGCAUCAACUGGACUGAUGUUUACACAAUCCAGUCCAUUCCAAAGAUGCUGUGGAACGAUGUCGUGCUGACCACUCCUGUGACUGGACGGUUUGUUCGCUUCCUGUCUCCUUCCGGUAACUGUCAGAUGCAAGAGAUGCAGGUGGUUGGCCAGUUGGUGGCCCCAUCUGACAGCUGUGAGGUUGCCGUGCGAAACGUGAGAUCCUUGACCGGUCCAAAUUUGCACAUGGACCUUGGAAGGUUGGCUUGGCGCGGUGGUAUCCACCAAAGAGAGAAGUUUCAACAGACCAUGACUGAGUGGGUGCACAACGCAGAUGUCAAAAUCACCUUCAGUGUGAGCUCAACGCCAACUGUGACUCACAUCUCACCAAUAAAUGGCACCGCCAGGGGUGGCACAAGCGUCACCAUUUAUGGCAGCAACUUUGGUCCUGCUUGGGUAGUCAACAGCCCAGUGAAUGGCACUGAAACUCCUGUGGAGGUUCAGUUCAACGGAUACCCCUGCAUCGUCCAGCAGGUAAGCAACAGCAGCGUGGUUUGCGUCACCGUGCCUCGCAGCGAUGGCAUUUUCCCUGCGAGUAUGAGGGUCACAGUGGAAGGUGCAGGCAAUGCAUGGAUCCGCCCGGGAACACGCUUCCGCUACUUGGAUCGAUGGUCUUUGCUGGAUACCUGGGCCAAUCAGGAGCCGCCGAUUGAAGAUGCAUUGGUGUCAAUUCCCUCGGGACAGGCGAUUCUCUUGGAUGAGGACACGCCAGUCUUGCUGAUCCUGACGGUUGAAGGUGUCUUGGUUUUUGACAACAAGGACGUCCACUUGCAAGCGACCUACAUUUGGGUGAAGGGCGGAACCAUGGAAAUCGGCACUGAAGAGAAGCCGUUCCUGCACCGGGCCCUGAUCACUCUGCAUGGACAGAAGUAUGAGACCAUUCGUCUGCCGGUGAUUGGCGGAAAAGUCUUGGCGGUGUCAAAUACGCAGUUUACCAUUCGGGAACUGGGCGACAAUGCCGUGGAGGAAGGUGAUAUCGGCGCGUUGGACAUCCAUGGAAGGCCGCGCUUGAAGGUGUGGACGCGCUUGGCCCAAACAGCUGAGAAGGGCGACACAGUCAUCGUUCUGCAGGACAUUGUGGAUUGGAAGGCGGGCGAGGAGUUGAUGGUCGCUGCCACUGACAUCCCUCACAAGCAUUUCAAUGGCAACGGAUUGCAUGGAGCACCGCCUGUUGAUUUCCACAAUGAGCCUUGCACUUGGCCGCGCGUGUAUAUUCAAAGCGUCGCGACGGAUAUGAAGACCAUCACCUUGACAACUCCAUUGAAGUAUACGCACAUCUCCACGAACUACCGAAGACCGUUGGACGAUGAGUUCAUCGACCUCUCCGCCGAGGUGGCUCUCCUCUCAAGGAAUGUGAAAAUUCAGGGAGAAGGGUAUCACUCUGAGCGUGACCAAUGGGGCGGACACACCAUGGUUGCCUUUGGUGGCAUUUACAGGAUUGAGAAUGCUGAGUUCUAUCGCUUGGGCCAGACAGGUGAGGUGUCAAGGUACCCGAUCCACUUCCACAUCACGCAGGACUACGGACAGAACUGCUACGCACGCUACAACUCCAUUCACCACAGUUUCCAACGAGCCGUGGCCAUUCACUCCACGAACUACGUGAACGUGAAGGGCAACGUGGCCUUCGACAUCAUUGGACACAUGUUCUUUGUGGAAACAGGUAUGGAGAUGCACAACACAUUGGAAGGCAACCUGGCUGUGGGAGCUAUUCCACUGUUGUCUGGAAUGUUGGAAAGUGACCAGGAGCCUGCUGGCUUUUGGACUGCAGCUCCCAACAAUGUUUGGAGAGACAACGUCGCUGUCACUGGAUCUGAUGGCUGGUAUUUCCAGCUGCCGGACACUCCAAUUUCACACAAUAUGGACAUCUACAAGGACAGCAUUUGCCCCAAGGGCACGCGCAUUGGUGAAUGGAGACGGAACCGUUGCCAUCACUUACCUGGAAGCUGCAUCCGCAUCUACCUCACAUGGAUUCCUCGCAAGGAGCCAUGCAACACCGACAGUGCUGAGGAUCCUCAGAUCUUGUUCAAUACCACCUGUUGGGGAAUUGGCAAAGCUUGCUACAAUGCCAUGAAGAUGGGCUCGGUCCACAACCACCACAUGACAGCCGUGGAAGGUGGAAAGCAAGACUAUGAGUCUAUCAAGUUCAUCAGGGCUGCUCCAGCACCACAUGGGAACAAGUUCGAGACGGAUUGGCAGAACAUCCCUCAUAUCAAGGACAGUGUCUUCGUGCGUAUCUUGCCGCAGAACUUGGGCAAGAAGAGCUCGAAGAUGUCCAUGUCCGUGCAAUUGCCGCAGAAUGAGCAGUUCUACGUGACGGACUCCAUGUGGGUGAACACCGGAGAGACACCGGUCUUCAAGGGCUGUGCGAAGUGCUGGUCAUUUGUCAAAUGGCGACAGGGAGCCCACACCUACCGCUUCAAGGGGCUUAGCUUCACCAACGCCACCAGGAGAAUCCAAGUCUACAAGAAGGACAUUUUGUGGGAUCUGGACGGCACGCUGACUGGAACUGCAGACUCCUAUACGUCCUGGGCAGAUGCGUUUAACCUGGGACAUCCAGACUGUGCCUACACACAGAUCACCUACAACACCUCUGAAGAUGGCACUCAGACUGAGACGACUUGGUACAGCAGCACUGGAACGACCAGCGAUGAGCCUUCCAUUUUCUUCAGUGGUGCUGACAUCUAUCAACAUGAAGUUCGGAACCACACCUUCAUGACGUGCACGACGCCCAUCCGAAAGUUUGGCAUUGCAUGGCCCGAACCACAGGAGGUGCACUUGCGCCAGCUCACCGUCACGAAUCUGGACACGGGGCUGUUCCAGCAGCACGAGUUCGAAAAGAAUGAGAUCUUUGGUUGGGGUUUCCCUGUGGUCGCCAACCAGAGGUUGGAGGUCCGCCCCAACUUCUUGGGCAUGGAUUUGACGGAAGCUGGAAUUCAGUAUGGCUUCAACGACUUGCUGGCCUCGAAAGAGAGCGAUGCAUUGAAGGCCAAGAAGACAGCGGAUCCUGAAUGGCUGCAGUUGCAGGUGGCUUUCUGGAUGGAUUACAACCACGUGAAGCUGACCAAUCCUUACAGCUGGUGGGUUGGUACUCGCUAUGGCGAGGCAGCAGAGCUGCAAUCAGUCAGACUGGAAGAGAAGAUGCCAUACUUGAUUGACCCAACACCUUUGGACACGCCAGACAGCUUGCCAUCUAUGACGCAUGGAAUGAAGGACGCCAAGACCUGGGCGAUGAACUUCCGCUACCCCAAACCAGCUGAUGCACCUGCGUGGGAAAGUGUCCCAUAUGGAGCAUACUUUGAGGCUCGAAAGUGCCCAGACGAGGGUUGUAUCCUUGAUUUGCCGGACCGCAAUCAAAAUUGGAGCACCUACAUUCUGUGGAGCGAGAAGUUCGGCGAUGUCACUGGACAAGCGGUGGAGAUUGAAUCGCCCGAUUGGAUCAUGUUCGAUAUGGACUUGGUCGUCUUGAAGAACCUCACCAUCAAGGGGAAGUUGUCUUUUGACGACAGUGCAGACCGAAUCCUGCGCACAGGCAAUAUCCUUGUUUGGGGCGUCUUGGAGAUCGGCACUCAAGCAAGCCCAUUUGGUGCAACGACUGGAACAACGGCUCGAGUUGAGCUCACGGGAAAUGUCUUGGAUACACAGGACUAUGUGUACAUCCAGGAGCAAUCCUUGUGGGGGAAGGUUGUGUCGGUGAUUGGCCAGGUCAACACCUACGGAGCACCCGUGAUGGACACAUGGUUGAGACUCUCCAGCAGCAUUGCUGCCACUGCAGAGACUGCCUGCGUGCUAAGCAGCAGCCAGCAGCUCAAUUGGACGGCUGGGGCGGAAGUGGCUUUCUCAGUGACUGAGUUCGACAGUCCAUACGGCCGUACCAUGACGAAAGUGCUGACGGAAGAUGCCGCCGACAUCUUAGCUUCCCCAGUACUGACGGAAGUUGCCUUUGCCUUGGGUGGAAAAGCCAUCGGGGGGCGCGUUGGUUGCGGGCUUCAAUGGUCAGGCAAUUUGGUUGACCUGCGUUAUGCUGGCGACGUGCCAACGGGCAAUGGCAACAGCGUUCCAGGGCCCAGAGUGGAUUCUGGUGGACUCCAAAAGAGCAUCCAGAUCAUCCAGGAGAGCAUCGCCACGCUGGGAGUCUCCUUGCGAGCAGUGGUCGCACGGGUGGAUCGAUCGGUGAUCUUCACCUCGCAGUCCAUCGAUACCACGGGCGGCAGUGCAUAUGGAGGUCAUAUCGAGAUUUUCGACCUGUCAGGGAUCCCAGAUCCACUGAGAGUCGAAUGUUUGGCCAAGCCAGCCAAGACUUUGGACGACCUCCACUCCACGAAGUGGGUUGGCACUGUGGACAUGAAGUACACCAACUUCCACCGACUCGGAAAGGGUGCGCUUUCAGCGGAAUAUGCCUUGCAUUUGGAAUCCUCCAAUGUACCAACUCUCAUCACCAACAAUGCGCGGACCCUGGUGAUCUCACGCCCCGAUGUCAUGGUGCAUUCCUUGAACGGCGGCAUUUUCCUGCAAGAGGUGCCAAGAACCGCGGUGCGCAGAAUUGCAGUGCGGCUAAGUGUGAAGCUCGCGGACACGGCGCCACGAGCGAUCGCGGAGGACGAUUCUCAAGUGAUUGCUUGGGCCACGGAAGGGGCCAACGAACGGAUCGUGAACACGGGGAGAAGAAGGGGGAUGACGGGGGAGAAGAAGGAGCAUGGCUGGAUUUGGGCUGGUUUUCUUGAGGGGCCAGUGCGCAUGAUCGGCAACCUCGUUGCGGGUUCCGAUGAUAUGGGCUAUAUGCACCCGGCCGAACAGUGUCCUCCUCGAGGAAUCUUCAACAACGAGGCGGUGGGUGUGGUCUUUCUCCUCACACAGAAGAGUGGAAACUGCCAGACCGUCAACCUCUACACGAUCUGGAAAGCCGCGCAUGUGGCGCUCUACCUCUCCGACGUGAUACCACCCAGCACCCUCUUGUCCAACAUCGCCUCGCCGGCCCAGCGUUGCACGGAGCGACCAUUGUUGAGGGUGGCAAGCAUUAUCCCUUACAUGAGCAUUGGAUCAGCCUUCAGGUUGGAGUCCACGGGAGUUCAGUCUCUUUUCAAAUUGUUCAAUGCGUUGCUUCUGAUGCCACAAGAUGCCGCAUUCCACAGCUGGCAGAGCCUGCAUGAGCCUGGAGAGGAUGUCAAUGUAGAACUGUCAGGUUCGUCAUCCUUGCAUUGCCGUACUCAGACCCUGACCGAUCCCUACAUGGAGGUUCGUGACACCGAUCCAGACGGUGAACAAAAAGACCCGCGACCCGCGCGCGACCCGCGCGAGUUGCUGGACUACACAGCCUGCAUACAAGUGCCGGCUCAUGUGAAUUUCCCAGCCAGCUUCACCAGGACCACCUGGUAUGAGGUGACGCCGUUUCGGGAGGAGCCGAGAGGUUUGGACCAACUCAUCUUGCAGGACAUGGAUGGCACGUUGACAGGAGCGACGUUUCCCUCCUUUUUUUGGGAGGACAGGUGGGCACCCUUCUGUGACACUGAACUGAACGGUGUAGCCGUGGGAGCACAGGUCAUGACCCCUGAUGUGGUCGAGGAAAAUGGCUUUGAGGGAGGCGUUGGUCCCUUCUACGCCUCCUGCCCUUGUGGUUGGGACUUCUCCUUCUACCACAUUCUCAUCAAGCCGGUCCUACCGGACACCACCUACUAUGCUGAAGUGAUGAGUUUGCCGGAGAAUUUCAGGCUUCGAUAUUGGAACCCCCGAGCCGGUGAAUCCGUGCUUCUGGAAAUCUUCUACCCUGAUUCGCGUGGUGUGAACGUCUUCGUUGGCGGUGCCGGCGAGCCUGACAUGGCUUUGAAGCUGGUGGGGAAGCUCAGUGGGCGCAGGGGUGUGGACAUUGGGGAAGAAAACCGACUUUGGCAGAUCCGUCAUGCUGGCAUGGUUGAUUUGACGACGGAAGACGCCUUGUUGAGUAUGACAGAUUUGACAGACUUGGAGUGGGAUACAACGAUGGAUAACGCGCUGCAUGCCCGGCAAGAUCUGGUGGUGCGACGCACGCCCACGGUGAAGCUGAAGAUGAACAUCGAGAGCCUUGUCGAAGCUGUUGCUCAUGGCCACAGCCUCAGGAUCAGCAUCGAGGAGUUCAAUGCCGAUCAGUUCCAGACGAAUCUGGCGAUCUUGUUGGGCAUUCCUCCGGAACGCAUUGUCGCGGGGGGCUCUCAGGUUUGGAUGAGUUGGCGAUUUGUUUGGAGCGAUGUGAAUUUCUGGUGA